AAAAAGAAAAAAGUAUCUAAAAAUAGGGUAUCUGUACUGUAUAUUAGCAUAUUAAAGGUGUGGCGCUUAUGAUAUCUUAUCAAAACUUUACUAAUUUCUAUAGGCUAGCUGCGCUCUCAUCUAAGUGUAUAAAAAGGCAGCAGACUGCAUUAGAACACAUAUCAACUCGAGGAACACUCAUAUCAACAAUGGUCGCAAUCAAACUUUUAAUACUAUGCUCAGCUGUUGCUGUAGCUUUAGCAAAAAUUGACAAUGGUAAAACGUGUCUUCGAAUGAAAAGUGAUUGUGUUGAUAACGCCGAAUGCAAAGGAACUGAAGAUUCAAAAUGGAACUGUUUAUUAGGAAUAUGCGGAUGUAAGAAUGGUUACUUUUCAAAGUCAGCUACAGAAUGCGCUAAAUAUAGGGACUUGGAUCAAGAUUGUUCUAAUACUGCUGGUGACGGAAAACUAUGCGAUCCAGGCAGAAAUAUGAUGUGCUAUGCUGCUAUUUGUAAAUGUAGAAACGAUAAAUUUGAAAGAGACGGUACUGGAUGUAAACUUAAAAUUUCUGAAGAGAAAACACUUAAACAGACCUGCACUGAAGAUUUGCAAUGUGUUAAAGGUCUUGCAAUGGGUUCUGCUAGUUGCCAGGGAGGAACUUGUAAAUGUCUUCCGCCUUGGACAACUGUUGGUAAAACGUGUGUAAAUCAAGAAUAUGAUAAAUCCUGCAAAGAUGCAGAUACAGCAAGUGAAAAAUGUAGACGAGGAACUGAAAAUCUUGAAUGUAAGAACGAUAAAUGCGUCUGCAAAAUCGAUUUUAAUUAUAACACACGAGUAAAGAAGUGCCUGCACAAAGAUUCUAGAGUGAAUAGGAAGGAAGGAGAAACUUGUUCACCUAUAAUCAUCGCAGACAACACAAAAAAAGAUAUUUGUGAAAGUAAAUUUGUCUGCAGAAAAUGUUCAAGUGACACCUCUGCUGAUGGAUUCUGUGUUGAUGUUAACAAAAUCAAUUGUAAUGGAUAA